AUGAAGAGUGUAGCAUUGUUGGCCGUGGCCCUGUUGGCAGGGUCAAUAUCGGCUGCAGAGUCGGAUUAUUACGGCGACGCACUCGGUAAUACUGGGCACAAUGAGACGUACGACUACGUGAUUGUAGGUGGUGGAAAUGCUGGCUUGGUUGCUGCACUACGGUUGUCGGCCGAUGGCAACUAUACGGUUGCCGUUGUGGAGGCCGGAGGGUUCUACCAAGAUGACGCCGGCAACAUCACUGAGAUACCAGCGUAUGAAUCUCAGUUCUUGAGCGCACCGCCAAGUAUUGAUUGGAAGAUCACGACAUCUCCUCAAGCCCAAUUGGGCAACCGUGCCGUACUUUACUCUCAAGGCAAGACACUCGGAGGCAGCACGGCACGUAAUGGAAUGGCCUAUCAGAGAGCAACGGUCAGCUUCCACGACCAAUGGGCGAGAAUAGUGGGUGACGACAGCUACAACUGGGAAAAUAUGGUCCGCUUCCUCAGAAGAAGCAUAUCGUAUACUCCAGCAAACAUUGAGCUUCGCGGGGGUCCUCCAGUGGAAUCGGACCCUGAAGCCUUUGAGCCAUCCGGUGGUCCGUUGCACUUGACUUUCUGGAACUAUUACGCACCGGUUUCUGCUGCCUUUGCUAAGGGCAUGAGGGCGUUAGGGUUUAAGGAGACUGGUCUCAUCCAGAGUGGUAGCCUCCUUGGCUUCGCACAGUUCCCUGCUACGAUUGAUCCCGACACCCAGAUCCGCGACUCGUCGGAGACAUCUUUCCUCAGGACAGCGGUCAAGCUCGAUGAAGAUCGUCGGAGGGUCAAGAUCUAUCCCCGUACGCUCGCCAAGCGAGUCAUCUUUAACGAAAGCAAGUCGGCCACCGGCGUUUUGGUCAAUGGGGAUGGAACGGACUACGUUCUAAGUGCGUCGAAAGAAGUGGUGCUGGCGGCCGGGGUUUUCAGGACACCGCAGCUGCUACUUGUAUCUGGCGUUGGACCGGCCAAGACAUUGGAAACGUUUGAGAUUCCCGUGAUCAGCAACAUAUCAGGUGUUGGCCAGAACAUGAGAGACCACCCCGGCUUUGGUACUCUAUUCACCGUCAAUGGAGUGUCGCAACACAGAUUGUGGAACAACGCCACAUACUCGGCCGAAGCUGAGACAGAAUUCGAAAACUCACAUUCUGGACCGUUGACGGCUUUCGCCAGCAACUAUCUCUUGUUCGAGAAAUUCCCCACGAGCGCAAAUUUCAGUACCUCGACUCGUGAGACUAUCAGCAAACUUCCAGAGGACUGGCCUCACGUUGAAUACAUCUGGAACACGGCCGGACUGCCGACCAAUGCAAGCGGAGACCAGUUGAGCCUCGGGGUCGUUGUCCUCGCCCCAACUUCGCUCGGAUCUGUCACAUUGAACUCAUCAGACACGUCGGACAACCCAGUGGUAGACGUAGGAUGGUUCACUACUGAGUCUGAUCGUCAACUCGGCAUUGAAGGCUUGAAAAGGGCACGUGUGCUUGCCAAUGCCACCGGUGUAGUUCUGAGUGAACAGCUUCCUGGCUCGAGUGUGCAGACAGACGCGGAGAUCUGGGAGUGGAUGAAGUCCGUCGCCUCACCGAGCCAUCACGCGGUAGGUACUUGCCGAAUGGGCUCUCGCGAUGACCCUUCUGCGGUUGUAGACCCGAAGGGUUGUGUCUUGGGCGGCGUGUCUUCACUUCGCAUCAUCGAUUCCAGUAUCAUGCCGCUGCUGCUGCCGGGCCAGCCCAUGGCAACUGUGUCUCCGGGUGCGGCAUCUGACGAAGAUGUUGAGAUUGCCGGCACCUGGGCGUCGUAUUUUAUAGGCCCUAGGAACCUUGCCCAUCACUCAAAAUGGCCCAUGUUCAUGCGUAUGUACGGCAGUGUCACACCGUUAAUGAUACUGCCCAUCAUUUUCGUCGCUUCUUGGGCUACAGCAAUCACGCUGAUAUCGAAGAACGUUUACCACCUCGGAGUCAACCAUGUCCUUCUUACGGUUCUCGGUUUUGUCGUUGGUCUGUCUCUGUCAUUUCGAAGUUCGACGGCGUACGAGCGAUACAACGAGGGCAGAAAGUACUGGGCGCAGUUGGAACAUACCAUCAACUGCCUGGCGCGCCUCGUUUGGGUUCAUGCCGAGGAGCGCGCCGACCAUGAGAAGGACGAUCUGGUCGGAAAGGUUACCUUUUGCAACAUGCUGCUUGCCUUUUCCGUGGCGUUGAAACACCGCCUACGGUUCGAGCCUUUCACCCACUAUGAAGACCUACACCCGCGAAUCAAGAACCUCAAUGUUCUGGCUCACAAGGCGCCAGUCAGAGACUUUCCCGAACCGUCGGCUGGGAGAGUCGUGUGCUGGGUUUUGGGGCUGCCGAUGGCCGAGUCCAACCCUCGGAAGCUCAUCAAAAAGACGUGCGAGCCCCUCGGCAACAUCCCGUUGGAGAUCCUAAGCCACUGCUCAGCUUAUAUCAAGAAGUCGAUCGAUAACGGCACUCUGAAAGUCACGAUUUAUCAGACACAGGCCAUGACGUUUCUCAUGCAGAUGAACGACGUCCUCGUGGGCACCGAGCGGGUGCUGAGCACGCCGCUGCCGAUUGCUUACUCGAUCGCCGUAUCGCAGAUAACUUGGGUGUAUAUCCUUCUGCUCCCAUUCCAGCUCAUCAACCUCCUGGGGUGGGUGACGAUUCCGGCGACGGUGUUCGCGGCGUACAUCAUCCUCGGCAUCGCCCUCAUCGGGCGGGAGAUCGAGAACCCGUUUGAUGACGGCGUCAACGAUUUGCCCCUCGAUCACUACUGCGAGCAGAUCCGGCGGGACCUCGACAUCAUCACCAGCAGUCCGGCGCCCAAACCCGAAGACUUCAUCAAGAGGGGCGACAACGUUGUGCUCUGGCCAGCGGAUGAGGACGGCUACUUCGAACUGCAGGCGCGUUCAAUCGAGUCGAUUCGCGAGGGUCUCAGGCUGAGAGUGGCAAUGUCUCCUGCCAGGAAUUGA